UAUUAUCAAAGAUAUGAAGAUAAAAUUGCUCAGUGGGAUGAAGGUUUUGCUAGAAAAUGGUAUGAAGACGCAAGCUAUUUGUGCAUGGGGAUGGUUUGUCCGAAUGCUUGGAUCCCAUGCUUUAAAGAGUAGGCAUCUCGUUAAUGAUAUGCUAAAAAUUCCUGAACGUACAUUUACAGAUCUUGACCCUCAAGUUCAAAUUGCUACGCUGGUUGCUUGGGAAGGUCUUAUUGACGCUCUUGUUCAUGGUCUAAUGUUGGUUUCCACGAAAAACGCAUCAGCAGAGGAGAAUUCUCUAUCAGGAAGGAAAAUUUGUGAUGAUCAAAGAAAUGGCUUUUCCAAAAGCAUAAAGCUAAUAAUGACGCCACUGAUUGGCAUCAUGUCCAGUAAAUGUGAUGUAUCAGUUCAUUCAUCCUGCUUAAACACAUGGUGUUAUUUGCUACAUAAGCUUGAUAUCUCUGUCAAUGAGCCAUCAAUGAUAAAAAUAGUUUUAGAGCCUAUACUUAAAUCAAUAUUUCAGAAUGAACCUGAUAGCAAGAACAUCUGCUUAUGGAGCCUGGGCCUCGAUCUGCUCGCUGAUAGUAUUUCACAGAAGAGUGGGGAGGUCCUCUACCGGUCAACUGGCUGGGUAAGCCACAGAAACUCUGAAAAUGGACAUUCUCAAUCUGGAAAAUGCUCUUGGAAGCAACGCCAAAUUAUAUGGAUGCCCUGGAAUAUCAAUAACUUGGACUUUUAUCUGAGUACGAUUCUUCAUGUUGUCCAUCAAGCAUCUCUGCCAACUGUCACUUAUGAUCAUAGAAGUCACGUUUAUGAUGCUGCUUUGAAGUUAUUUAUACAUACUCUGAAAGGAGUCAAACUGCAUGUUGAAAGUACAUCUACUAAUUAUGGAGGUAUUAUGCAGUGCUUGACCUUAUUAAUAACAUUCAUCAAGAAAGUAUGUGAAGAUUUGUGCUCGGAUGUUGGAGAAAAUUAUGAUGUUUACUGUAUUUCCGUUCAGUUCAUAGAUGCUAUCACAAAGGAGUUAGGUCCUUCAAUCUUGCGAUCUCCUCUGUACAAAAUUUCUAUAGAUCUGAAGUACAUUGAAGACAUGCAAUCAGUUGAUCAUAAUAAACAUCUAAAAUUUCUUAGUGUCAGUUGUGUUUCUCAUAUGGAUAAGGUUUCUCCAUUGGUUUAUUUGAUAGCACUGUACUUCUACAUGAUGGUUCAGUUAACCAUGAAAUCCCAUCAAACAGAUCACGCAUCACAAGGGAUGUGUGAAUAUUUUAAAUUUAUGUUUUCUUCAAAUGAUCCCCUGGAAGAUCUCUUCACCAGCAUUAGUUUCUUGUAUAGACACGUUCAACCAAUUUACUUAAACAUAUGGGUAGCAUUAGCUCAAGGUCUGAACUACUGUGUAUCUGAUCCAAACUGCAAGUCAUUACAGGAAGCCUUGUCUGACAGCACUGUAUAUUCUUCCAUAUGCCAUCUUUUAAUUUACCCCAUCCUGGCACUUUCUGGAGUUCCAAGAAUGACCGUGACAGCUAGUGGCUCUUUGGACAAAUAUCCUGUAUCACCAGAAAGAAAACCGAGAUUUGAACUGGUUAUUCAAACAUGGAAAGCACUUCAUGGAUCUCUUUGUAAUUUGUUCAUUGGAUGUUCAUCAACCACCAAUUUCUCUGGGGACCUGUGCUUGUUGUUAAGCAGCUACCUUGAUGAAAAUAGUGACAUGGUUGAGAGCGGUGCUGAUUUUGACUUAACACGCAAUGAUGUGGAUUUUGGUUUCCUUCAUUUAUCUGGCAAUUUCUUGAUUUGCAUUCUAGAAAAGAUUCAGACUUUGGAAUUAGUUUCUGAAUUGGACAAAAGUAAAUUUGACCGUGAUAGGAAAAUAUUGUUCUGUAUAACGAACUGCUUAAAAUUUGUUACCAAGUAUAUGAAUUUAUUGAGAAUAAAAAUGGUGCGAGACCCAGUGCCUGAACAGCCUGGAUUUGUUGGCACCUCAAGGCUAUAUUCUGCGUUGGCAUGCUUUAUUAGUUGCCUUCACUGGAAGCAAGAUAUUCUUCAAUUUCUAAAGAUUGUUUCCUUCCCACUGCUUGAAUGGCUAGCAAAUAUGGGAACGCAGGAUGAUAAAGCAAACAACCAACUCCAACUUCUAUGGACCGAAAUUCUAAGCUGCUUAAGAAGAAGUCAACCUCCUAUAAACUUUGGUUCCGCUUUGCUCAAACUUCAUGAACCUCUAUUUGAGAAAACUCUCAAUCACCCAUAUCCCUCUAUUUCAGAACCAACCAUCAACUUUUGGAAUUCUACAUUUGGUCAGCAAAUUAUUUUGGAUUUCCCCUCGAGUCUUCUUUGUGUCUUGGACAGGCUAUCCAGAAAUGGAAGAUUAAAGCUCCAGAAGAGGAGCCUACCAUGUCUUCAGAAAUGUCAAUCUCCUGAGGAAGCCAAUGAUGCUCCACAGGGAUAUAGGGUCUCUGCCAAACAUAACAGCACUUCUAAGAGGGUGGAACUAGUGUUGGAUAAACUACAAGAGACACCUCCUUUAAGUCGUAAAAAGAGAAGGCUAGAACUGACUGAGCAUCAAAGGGAAGUUAGGCGAGCACAGCAAGGAAGGGAGAGGGAUACUGGAGGACAUGGCCCAGGAAUUAGAACUUACACUAGCGCUGACUUUACACAAGGUAACGAUGAUGAUUCGCAAGAAAGCAUUGAGGAGAUAAUAAGAGAUCCUGAAGCUAUAUUGCAGAUGCUGAUAAAAACUAUCUGACUUACUUUGAAUGCUGCUUAUAGAUUGUAUUAUAUUUAUGGGAGCCUGAAUUAUUAUCAGCUGAAAUCUAUUUUAACC